AGGUGGAACUAAGAUACCAUAUUAUAUAAACCAGCAUCUUCGGGUUUUCUUUUUUGUGUGUGCAGAAAUUUUCAAGGGUUUGCAGAGACAUGGCGAGAGGGAAGGUUGAGCUGAAGAAAAUCGAAGACAAAAAGCGAAGACAGGUGACGUUUUCGAAGAGGAAAAUGGGUUAAUCAAGAAAGCUGGAGACCUUGCUGUUCUUGGGUGUUGAUGUGGCUCUCAUUAUGUUUUCCUCUACAGGAUUGCUUCACCAGUUUUGCACUGCUCAAAGCUUGAGGAAAAUUCUCGACCGCUAUGUACUUCAUGUAGAGGGAGAAGCUGCUAUUUGCAACAUUGCCAAUGAAGCAAAGACUCAUGAUGAGUUGGUGGAUAUUCGGGAAGGUGGUAGCCUACUGGAAAUGGUUGAAAGGAAACUAGAAGGUCAAUUCAUUGAAUUCCUAAAUAUAACACAGCUCAUACAACUCGAGAAUCACUUGUAUUCCUUAUUAAGAGAAACCGGAAAUCGGAAGACACGGGUAGUGAUGGACAAUGUCGCAGCAAUGAAAGAGAAGGAGAAACAAGUUAGGCAAGAAAACGAUGCGAUGGAAAAGAAGAUUGCAGCGAGAAUGGACGCAGAAGAUGGAGAAAGAGUGAACCAGGGUUCUCAUUAUAAUAGUCCUCAAGCCUCUCUCUGGAAUGGCUUGCUUCAUUUGUUCUAG